AUGAUUGCAGCAGUGGAUUCAAUCCUUAGUCUGACGGAGGCGACGAAGGAGACUAAGAGUCUCAUCCAACACCACGUGUCGUCCCACCUAAUGGCUCCCAGGCCGCGGGAAGUGCUGCCCAAGGUCGAACGUAAUGUGCUUAGAGGACUAAAGGCCGACAAAGAGCUGGUCAUCGUGCCAGCGGACAAGGGGCGCUCCACGGUUGUACUGGACAGGACGGACUAUCUUCAGAAAGCCACAGGUUUACUGGAGGACCGACAGUUCUAUGCCCCAUGUGCAACGAACCCUAUAAAAGCGCUGACACGCGAGAGUAAUACUACGAUGUUGGCCUUGGAGAACUCAGGCGCAAUAACACUGACUGACAGACGUAUGGCGAGACCCCAAGAUGAGGUUUUGGCCCGAUCCUAUGGCCUUUCUAAAGUGCACAUUGACGGCGCACCUCUUCGACCCAUCGUUUCUCUCAAAGAUACUCCAAAGUACGGACUGGCUAAGUGGAUGUUCCGGCAUCUCCAGUUCCUGACUGCUGAGUCAGACAUCACGGUCUCUUCGUCAGCACAAUUCCUGGAGAAACUCAAAGGGGUAAGCCUCCAUCCACAUGAGGUCAUAGUAUCUUUUGAUGUUGCGUCCCUUUUUACUUCUAUUCCCCAGGACCUAACGAUCGAGACAAUCGAGCGGCUUCUACCAAGUAAGUACGAUGAAACCGAUAAUCGUCUUGGACAUGGUCAAGUCCUUCAGCUCCUGAAGUUCUGCCUCAGGACGUACUUCACGACUGCAUCCUGA